CAGGUGACUUCCCCAGACUGUUGUUGUUGCAACAAAGACAGAGAAACCACAAAGCCUCUUCAGUUUGUGGGAAAAUGGCUUCAGAUCCGAAGCUUCAUGUUUUUGAAGAGGUUGCCAAGCACAACAAGACCAAAGACUGCUGGCUUAUUAUUUCUGGGAAGGUGUACAAUGUAACCCCUUUCAUGGAUGAUCAUCCCGGAGGAGAUGAAGUUCUGCUAUCUUCAACAGGGAAAGACGCAACAAAUGAUUUUGAAGAUGUUGGUCACAGUGAUGAUGCCAGAGAGAUGAUGGACAAGUACUACAUUGGCGAGAUCGAUGCAUCAACUGUCCCAUUAAAACGGACUUACAUUCCACCACCUCAGACUCAAUACAAUCCGGAUAAGAAAUCCGAGUUUGUGAUCAAAAUUUUACAGUUCCUGGUGCCCUUGUUAAUCUUGGGUUUAGCCUUUGCUGUCCGCCACUUUACCAAGAAAGAGUAGUCAUGCUAUUUUAGUUUCAUAUCCCCCUUGUAAGGGUUACUUCUUUGUCUUCAGCUGAGCAGUUGAAAUUGCCAGUGCUUGUUAUUCAUCAAAGUCAUUUGCUUUUAGUGUCAGUUUGGUUAAGGUCACUGUACAAUGGUAGUAUCUUGAAUUUAUGAUGAGCUAUCUAUUCCUGGA